AUGCGGUCCGAUCACUCGGCGUGUCACGCCCAGAUAAGGCAGCACCGUCGUCAAAACUCAACGCCCAGCGGCUUCGAAGGCGCCAACGUUCCAAACAGACUCCCGCGAAACGUUCGACAAGCAGCCCAAGGCCACCGACGGGGCCUCAGCCUCGAUAUCCGAGGACAUCACAACAUGGCAUCGCCAGCAACACGGCAAGCCUACGUGAGUAAUACUAACAAUGCAGGACUAGUGAACUAUACUCAAGAACAGUUCCGAGCCCGCGCCGGCUCCCAUCAGAACCCCUACACAAAUCUGACAGCAGCAGCAAAUGCAAGUGAAAGUUACCUCACCUCGCAGCAGGCCCAGUCGUUUGAACCGUUUGACCCCAGCUCCAUGUCCUUCCAGUCCUAUAACCCAGAACUAGAUGCGCUACUGGGCAGGGGCCAAGCAGCCUACGCCGACAACAUGUCAGCAGGUAAGGGUUUUGAUGUCUUUGACAAUAGCAGUGCCUUUUCCACUCCCACCUUUGCCAACUUUGCCGAAAGCCCCUCGGCCCCGGGCUGGGUCUCAGAGGGAGACACCUCGAGCACGCGGAGGAACUCGAGGCGCAUGAGCAAUGACCUCAUGGACCGCGCCGACAGGUUCGACCUGAACGUAGAUGGCCUCCCUCGGCCCAUGACUCCCCCGAACCAGAACCUACAGAGUCAGUCUCUCGGCUGGUCGAUGCCACUGCGCAACGAGGCUGACAUGGAGGAAGGCUACCUCCCCCCGACACCGAUCGAAACCCCCCAGGACCCGACCGUCAAGGACGAGCCCCGCCCCAACCGCUUCGCCAACGGCUAUGAUGAGUCGAUGGAGGAGACGGUCAAGCCCGUGAGGAAUCGAGGAGCGAACCCCAGAGUCCAGAACAUCUUCCAGGACAUAAGACAACAGUCUGAGCAGACUCCGUCUCGUUCGGCACAGCCGAACUCCAUGUCCGGGGCUGAUUCCUUCUCGAUUCCUCUCAACUCUCGCGACUUGAUGAGCAUGAGCAACUUCAAUGACGAGUUCUUGAAGAUUGAGGCUUCGUUCGAUAGGGAUGCGCCCAACGGCCUCCCCGUGGACCAGCAGUUCCCCCAGCGAACCACCCCCAGCACUCCCCAGACGACACACUUUAUGCCAUUUGACAACACGUCUCUUGACAACAAGCCUGAGUUGCGACCCUACCCUCUAAACGCUCACACUCUCUCCGCCAUCCCCAUGCAGACGCCAUCCCGCCGCCAAUCCCCUCAUCAUCGCCGAACAGACUCCGUGGCAAGCCAAGCAAGCGCUGCCAGCAUCGCCAGUAUCAACAUUGAGGAUACCAAGACUGAGACGGGAGUCAGCCAAGAAGAAAUCACCCAGUACAUCAGCGGCCCCGACGCCAAGAAUGGCCGAUGGUUCUGUCUGUUUGAGGGAUGCGGCAAGGACUUUGGUCGCAAGGAGAACAUCAAGUCACACGUCCAGACUCAUCUCAACGAUCGCCAAUACCAGUGCCCGACUUGCAAGAAGUGCUUCGUUCGUCAGCACGAUCUCAAGCGGCACGCCAAAAUUCACACGGGCAUCAAGCCCUACCCUUGCGAGUGCGGCAACACCUUUGCUCGCCACGACGCCCUGACUCGACAUCGCCAACGAGGCAUGUGCAUUGGUGCCUUCGAUGGCAUCGUGCGAAAGAGCGCCAAGCGAGGCAGGCCCCCAAAGAACCGCCGCCCAGAUAUGGAGACCCGUAUCGAGAAGUCGACUCGCACUCGCAAGAAGAACAUGUCCAUUAGCUCAACAUCGUCAUUCUCGGCGUACUCCGACAGCUCCGUUGUCAACUCACCCGAGAACGACCUGGACAUGCUUGACGACGCCAUGAUGGACAUUGGAAUGGCAUCGCAAACCCAGACCCUUGCUCACAUGUCGUCUGCUUCCAUGUCCUCAGCCCCCAUGUCCUCCCUCCCCUCCGCGUCGUUGAACGACUAUGCCUCUUCUCCCUCGGCCGUCAGCGCACACUCUUACGUCUCCCCUGAAGCCCUGAUGGAAAACACCCCCCCGAACAACUACGUCUCCCCUGGAGAAGUCAUGGAGAGCACCCCAGCGAACGGAGGAUCUCCUACCAAGAGCAACGCAAGCCGAUCCAACACACCCCCCGCACUAUCGCAGUCGUCAUCACCGCCUCUGCAGCCGCAGAGCUUCUUUGAUGUCGACAACACCCUUAACACGGAUGACCUGUCCACACUCUCCGGAACCAGCACUUUGAUGACAUCAGCUGCCAUGGCCGGUACCCUUCCCCUAGUCAUGAGCGAGCAGGACCACGAUGCGCUCCUUCAGUUCUCCAACGACGAUAACGACUGUGUGUCGCUAUACCGCGACCCGGAGAUGCUGAUGAUGAGCAAGCUUGAAGAAGACCUUGACAACAACGACCUGUUUAUGAACAAUGGCGAUGACUUCUUUGGCACUUCAUAA